UCCGCGGUGCCCCCUCCCGCUGCGGCGCGGGCCGAGCUUGAGGGAAGAUGGCGAAGACGUACGAUUAUCUGUUCAAGCUGCUGCUGAUCGGCGACUCGGGCGUGGGCAAGACCUGCCUGCUCUUCCGAUUCAGCGAGGACGCCUUCAACACCACCUUCAUCUCCACCAUCGGAAUCGACUUUAAGAUCAGAACAAUAGAAUUAGAUGGAAAGAAAAUCAAGCUACAGAUAUGGGAUACAGCAGGCCAGGAGAGGUUCCGCACAAUCACAACAGCUUAUUACAGAGGAGCCAUGGGAAUUAUGCUGGUGUAUGACAUCACAAACGAAAAGUCUUUUGACAACAUAAAAAACUGGAUAAGAAACAUAGAGGAGCAUGCCUCCUCAGAUGUGGAAAGAAUGAUCCUGGGUAACAAAUGUGAUAUGAAUGAAAAAAGACAAGUGUCCAAGGAAAAAGGGGAGAAGUUAGCGAUUGAUUAUGGAAUCAAAUUUUUGGAGACAAGUGCAAAAUCCAGCAUAAACGUGGAAGAGGCAUUUUUCACACUUGCACGGGACAUUAUGACAAAGCUCAACAGAAAAAUGAAUGACAACAGUUCAUCAGGGGCAGGUGGGCCAGUAAAAAUAACAGAAAAUCGAUCUAAGAAGAGCAGCUUCUUUCGAUGCACGCUACUUUGAUGAACUUCUAAUGAUAGACUGCAGCACACUUAGAACCUUUUCUGCUUCUUUGAAAGCACAGGGUCACAAAGCCUCAGAAAUAAUACCACCAAGCUGCUGCUGAGAGCUCCAUUGAACGUAGACUGCGAUACACAAAAUAUCGAGUGGAUUUUGCUCACUAAGCCUAUUGACCUGUCAGGCUCUUCUUUCUCAGAUAUGGAAGCUAUGAAGUGGAGACACAAAUGCAAGAGUUAACCUGUUUUCUCUUUUACUUUCUGUUUUAUUGCCUGUUGCAAAAGCUGCUAUGUUUCUUUUAACUUUGCACAUCCAUAUUGGCCUCUUACUGCCUGUUACAGCACAAUCUUACAUUUGUAUUUGCACAGUUUGACAUACAAGAUUCUUAACAGAUUUGUGCAGGUUUUUCUCUUUUUAAACAAAUUUAUUUUCAAGCAGAAGAGCUAGGGGUAAAAUUAUCUCACUUCCAUUAUUUCCUAUGCUGUAUACUUGUGGCCAUGACUGCAGUAUGGAUGUCAACACUCUAGUAAUGAGAAUUACCAGAACAAUUGGCAUUUAACAAUUUGUAUGCAUUUUGUCUUAGAUGCACAAAUCUGUUCAUGCAGAAGCGAUGACAUUCUAUUCUGAAUGUAGUAUGUUGCUUUUCUUUCUUUACCAGACUUAGCAAAGUUGUGUUCUGAAUUGCCAGUCACUGAUUCACAGAUGCACCUUUCAGUUAUUUGAAUAAACACAGUGUCUUUCCUCACUUAACUUCCCUUUGUUAGCUCAAACCAUCUGCACCUUUCUUAUUUCUGAUGAGGAAGUGCACUCUGGAGCUGAAAUCAUCAUCACUAAUUAGCCUCAUCACUACCACUUAAGUGGCUUGUGGAAGCUGAAUGCAUGAGUUUUGAGUAACCUCUGUGGAUUCAUUUGUUCAGAAGUGACUGCUUCUAAAGGUGACUUCCAUUUCUACUGUAAUUCUAAGCAUAGUUCGUUAAUGUGUGUGAGCAUCAACCCUUGAUGCAGUCCAAAAACUAGCUUCCUGUGCAGUUACUAGAGUAUAUCAAGUUGUGGCACUAAGGAAAGGGUCAUAUUAGGGAUGUAAUGUACUCUUAGUUGUGCAGUUAAUGCUGAAUGUGUGAAGCCCUUCCUUGGUCUGCUCAAGCAGUUAAGUUAUUUUUCUCAUCAAAAACUGGUACAGUGACCUAGACUGUUAGAGGCAGAGUUCAAACAUAGUUGCCUUUUUUACUCAACUGAGCAUUGUAUAACCUAGUCUUUGUUCUACUACUUUUUUAUUGUCUUCUGAAAAAAUUCCUCAAUGAGCAAUUAAAACAGGUGCUUUAGUUCUGUUGAUGUGCCAAACUUGGACCAUUGUAAGCUUUAACUACAAGUUUGUGUCCAGCAUGUUUGUUACUAGGGGAUAGGUGCAUUCUGUCGUUGUCUAAGUUCAUGUCUGAUGUGCUUGCUUUUGCUUCACUUACAUGGUCUGGGGUCGUAAACAGUGAGCUGGUUGUUAGCACAGAUACCUGCUUCAUUUUGUGGUGUCAGGUACUGAACUUGUCAUCUCUGGGUCUGUUGUAAAUAUCUUGAAAGUGAAACGGCCAAUAGCGUUAGACUUAAAAGAAUUUUGAUUUUAAAAGGUUUAACAUUAGUAGCUGGUUCCAUGAAGUUUUAAGUGGUUAUCAACCUGUCCCCAUUUGUGGUUUAAUAGAAAUAGUUAUUGUAACUAGGUGGUGAAUCUCAUAAACUGCUGUUGCUGCAUUAAACCAGAAAGAUCUUAUCAUGGCACCAAGGUUCAGUGAAAAAACAAAGCAACCCUAACUGCUGUGUUGUCUACCCUUGAUGUUUUUCUUGGAUGGGCUAAAGCAGUUAUGUUUUCUGUAUGGUUAAAAAAGUGCUUCUAUACAGAAAGUGUUGUGACACCAAUUAUGAAUGUUGUUUAUUUUCAGUAAUUUACCUCUGACUUAUUUGGUGUCGUAAUACUUUGAUUUUUAUCUCAGGGGUUGUCUGCAAACCAAAACUGACAUGUUCUGUGUUUGGCACCGUUUACAGAAUGCUUUGUAUUGUUUUUCCUGUCUUCGCUGUGUGGUUAAAAUGUUCAUUCAAUAUUAGUCUCCAUGAACUUCCCUUUGAAAGAGCCUGUAAGUAGUAGAGUCUAUGAAGUGCUUCUUGAAGCAGCAGCGAAUUGGGGUAUCUGCUUUGUUGGGGGGGGGCAUGUAGGGGGUGG